UUCGUCGGUUCCGUUGGUGACCUCGCGAACUUUUCUCCGUUUUUUUUCAGUUGACUAUUUUCCCUUCUCAAGGUUGCCUCUGAUCGUUGUCGCUUUCCAAAUUCUAUUCUCAAUAUUCGCAUUUAAAAAAAAUUAUUUCAAAUUAAAUCCGUUUUAUAAAUUAAUAAGUUUACAAACUGAUUAGUAUCUGUCUAAAUGGCGACCAAGGCAAAGAAGCGUGCUGCAGAUAAGGACGUCUCACUCACAGAAGAUCAGGUCGUGCAUGACCUUGAUGCAUCUACCGUGCUUGACGUGGACGACGAUGAAACAUUUUUUCAGGAUAUCGAUCUCCUCCAAAAUCAUGGAAUUAAUGUGGCUGACAUUAAGAAGCUCAAGUCAGUUGGGAUUUGCACUAUCAAAGGCGUAAUCAUGUGUACCAAAAAGAAAUUGUGCAAUGUCAAGGGCCUGUCCGAAGUGAAGGUGGACAAAAUAAAGGAGGCUUGUCAAAAGUUGGACAGCAGUGGUUUCCUUACAGCUUUGCAAUUUGCGGAUAAAAGGAAGCAAGUUUUCAGGAUCACAACAGGGUCCCACGAGUUUGAUAAACUGCUUGGGGGUGGACUUGAGUCGAUGGCAAUUACUGAGGCAUUUGGAGAGUUUCGAACGGGAAAAACACAAUUGUCUCACACAUUAUGUGUAACAACACAAAUUCCUGGCCAGAAUGGUUAUUCUGGAGGAAAAGUAAUUUUCAUUGAUACGGAAAAUACAUUUCGACCUGAUCGACUCAAGGACAUUGCAGAUCGGUUCAGCUUAAAUCAAAGCGCUGUUCUGGACAAUGUUUUGUAUGCUCGAGCAUACACUUCUGAGCAUCAAUAUGAGUUGUUGGAUCUUGUUGCUGCGAAAUGCCAUGAAGAAUCAGGUGUAUAUAAACUGCUGAUAGUUGAUUCUGUGAUGGCUUUGUUCCGUGUGGACUUUAGCGGGCGCGGUGAGUUAUCUGAGAGGCAGCAAAAAUUAGCACAAAUGCUGUCUCGAUUGCAGAAAAUGUCAGAGGAGUACAACAUGGCUGUGUUUGUUACUAAUCAAAUGACAUCAGAUCCAGGAGCGACAAUGAGCUUUCAGGCGGAUCCAAAAAAACCAAUUGGUGGUAACAUUAUGGCACAUGCAUCUACUACACGGAUUUCUCUAAGAAAAGGCAGAGGAGAACUGCGAAUUGCAAAGAUUUACGACAGCCCGGAUUUGCCAGAGUCUGAAGCCACUUUUGCCAUUUCCAAUGGAGGAAUUUGCGAUGCUAAAGAAUAAUUCAUCUUUCAUCUUGGUGCAUUUACUAUAAAACCUUUUUGAUGUUUUUUUGUCCAAUAUUUUUGCACAACUUUUGUAUAAAUUUUUGUUACGUUGUUUUUUUCUUUGUCGGAAA